UGCCCCAUAGAGGGGUGGGGCAGGCCCCACACGUCAAGUGGGGAGCAGGAGGAAGUUUGAGGACAGGGUGGGGUGACCACGGCCGCGUCACCGCAAGCAGCAGCUCUGGGUGAGUGGGACUGGGAAGGACUGGGAAGGACUGGGAAGGACUGGGAAGGACUGGGAAGAGCUGGGAGCUGCACCUGGAGCAGCUGGGAAUGGGAAGAGGUGGGAAUAGCGCCUGGAGGAACCUGGAGCAACUGGGAAUGAUUGGGAAUAGCACCUGGAGGAGCCUGGAGUGACCAGGAAGAGGCAGUGCCAGAGCAUGAAGUGGCAGCUGAGCCCUCGCCUGCUGGUGCUGCCGGCGCUGGCAGCCCUGGUGGCUUUGGUAGGGCUCCGGCUAUGGCACAGCCACGAGCCCAUCACCGAGGCCCCGGACCUGCCCCCCCAUGCCUUCCAAUGGCUCCACGGCCUGGCCGCUAACACCACAACCCUCCCCACCCGGCACCCGCUGCGGCCACCGUAUCCCCAUCCCUACCGGUUCCUCCUCAACCAGCCCCACAAGUGCCGGGACCAGGCUCCGUUCCUGGUGCUGCUGGUGGCGACGGCACCGGAGGACACCGGCGCCCGGCACUGCAUCCGCCGGACGUGGGGCAACGAGAGCGCGGUGCCGGGUACCCCCAUCCUGCGCCUGUUCCUCCUGGGGCUCCAUCCGGUGUUUGCCGACGCGCUGGAGCCGGUGCUGCGGGAGGAGAGCCGGGAAUACGGAGACCUCAUCCAACAGGACUUCAUGGACACCUACAACAACCUGACCCUGAAGACGCUGAUGGGGCUGCAAUGGGUGAGCCGCUACUGCCCCAACGCCACCUACGUGAUGAAGGCCGACACCGACGUCUUCCUCAACCUCCACUACCUGACCCGCCGCCUGUUGCUGCCUCCCAGGGCCUCCUUCGUCACCGGCUACGUGUACCGGAACACGGCCCCGAUCCGGAGCAAGGCCUACAAGUGGUACGUGCCGCGGGAGCUGUACCCCAACACCACCUACCCCCCGUACUGCGGCGGUCCCGCUUACGUCCUGUCCACCGACGUGGCCUCCCGCGUGCACGCCGUGGCGCAGACCCUGCCCCUCAUCAACAUGGAGGACGCCUUCGUGGGGCUGUGUCUCCAUGCCCUGGGCAUCACCGUCACCGACGGCCCGUGGGGCGCGUUCUCUAUGGGGCGCAUCCCCUAUGAGCCGUGCCGCUUCGCCCGCGCCGCGGCCGUGCACCGCUACCAGCCCCAGGAGGUGCUGAGGCUCUGGCCAAGCUUCCAGCAGGAGAAGGACAAAUGUGAGGGGGUGAAUGGGGCUCGGUGAUGUCCCCACUAUGGGGCUGGGGGGGCCAGGGGACCCCCCCCCGUGUGCUGGUGACGUGGGUUGGGCCAUGACCGUGGCACCGGUUGGAGCUCACACCAGGAAGUGGCACAGCUGGAGGAUCCGGUUCCUUAUGGCACAA